CAGGAAAUCUCGUUAGCAGAAGGUAACGGCUCAAGUUUAAGCAAUGCCUACGUCACAAAUGUGGCACAACAAUGCUCGCAAACUCAUAAUAACGCCGUGUGACGUCAUAACGCUAUGCCAGUGGCGCAACCUUCUAUAAUACAUCGUGCAACGCAACACAAGUUGGCAGCUCUGUCGAUAAGUUUCAACCGCUUUUAUCGAUUACAUGCACAGCACGUGCAACGGACGAAAGCAGCAGUUUGAUUUUUUGUUUAUGCUGUUUUCUCACAUAAAAUAUUAAAUAAUGGACAAGAUGAAGGAAUAUCCAGAACUGACAAAUGCGCGACCCGUAUUCAAACAAAUACCCAAGUCGCUGAACAAGCAUCUAGCGAACUUGGGAGCACCCCAUGUGGACUCAUUUGAUGAGAUGUUGAGUGUGGGCCUAGACAAAUUGGCCAAGCACAUUAUACCACAACAAUUCCAGUCACCUGCUGGAGAGCGCGUCUACAUUCAUGUGGAAAACAUUUGGAUUGCGAAGCCGGCGGUGCCAAUGGACGUAAUUGAUGUGCGCACCCGGGAGAUUUAUCCGACAGAUGCACGCCAACUGCAUGCUACAUAUGGAGGCAUGUGCAGCAUACGUCUAGCUUGGAGUAUAAACGGUUUGGAAAAGACGCCGAUCAACAUGGAUUUGGGUGAAGUGCCCAUUAUGCUGCGCUCCAGCUCCUGUAACCUGCACAAGGCCAGUCCAAAGGAGAUGGUGAAGCAUGGCGAGCACGACAGCGAAUGGGGCGGCAUCUUUGUGAUACGUGGCAAUGAGAAAAUCGUGCGCAUGCUCAUCAUGACUCGACGCAAUCAUCCCAUUUGCGUUAAGCGCUCCUCGUGGAAGGAUCGUGGCCACAACUUCAGCGAACUAGGCGUCAUGGUGCAGACGGUGCGCGAGGAUGAAAUGUCGCUGACUAAUGUGCUGCACUAUCUGAACAAUGGAACCGCUCGCUUCAUGUUCUCGCAUGUCAAGCGUUUGUCCUACGUCCCAGUUUGCCUGAUCCUCAAGUGCCUGAUGGACUACACCGAUGAGCAGAUUUACAAUCGUCUGGUGCAGGGUUACGAGUCCGAUCAGUACUAUCUGAGCUGUGUGCAGAGCAUGCUGCGCGAAGUGCACAACGAGGGCGUCUACACCUCCGCCCAGUGUCGUUCCUUCAUCGGCACACUUUUCCGAUCGCGCAUCGCCGAGGUGCCCGAGUGGUUGCCCGAUGAGGCAGUCACUGAUUUCAUAAUACGCGAACGCAUCAUGGUGCAUCUGGACACAAAUGAGGAGAAAUUCCAAAUGAUUGUCUUCAUGGUACAGAAACUCUUUCAAUGCGCACAGGGCAAAUACAAAGUGGAGAACGUCGACUCGGCCAUGAUGCAAGAGGUGCUGCUCCCAGGCCAUCUCUACCAAAAGUAUCUAGGCGAACGUAUCGAGAUGUGGCUGCUGCAACUGCGCAAAUGUCUGCUGAAGAAGCUAAACACCCCAGACACGCUGUUGACCAGUAGCAUUAUGACUCAGUGCAUGCGACAAUCGGGAGGAGUGGGACGCUCCAUUGAAUCCUUUCUGGCCACAGGCAAUGUGAACACUCGCACAGGUCUGGGACUGAUGCAGAACAGUGGUCUGGUCAUCAUGGCCGAGAACAUCAAUCGCAUGCGUUACAUGUCCCACUUCAGGGCCAUUCAUCGUGGCUCCUACUUCACCACGAUGCGAACGACUGAGGCACGUCAGCUGCUGCCCGAUGCCUGGGGCUUCAUCUGUCCGGUGCACACACCCGACGGCACGCCUUGUGGUCUGCUCAAUCACUUGACGCUAACCUGCGAACUGUCCAAGCGUCCCGAUCCAAAGCUGGUUCAGGCCAUUCCCAAGCGUCUCUUUGAGAUGGGCAUGCUCCCGCUGACGCACCACAACUAUCCGGAUGCCAAGCUGUAUGUGGUGUUCCUUGAUGGUAAGCAUCUGGGACACAUCUUCCAAACCGAUGCCACCAAAGUGGUUGAAGACUUGCGCUAUGCCAAGAUCACAGGCGCAGUGCCGGAAAUGAUGGAGAUUGGCUACAUUCCCUUCAAGAAGAAUGGCCAAUUCCCGGGAUUAUACCUGUUCACCGGCCCCGCACGCAUGAUGCGUCCAGUGUGGAACAUCAAGUGGAAGAAGGUGGAGUACAUUGGUACACUAGAGCAGGUGUACAUGGAGAUAGCUAUCGAUGAGAAGGAGAUCUAUCCAGAGUUCACCACACAUCUGGAGCUCUCGAAGACACACUUCAUGAGCAAUCUGGCCAAUCUCAUCCCGAUGCCCGACUACAAUCAGUCGCCUCGUAACAUGUACCAGUGUCAGAUGGGCAAGCAAACGAUGGGCACGCCCUGUCUCAACUGGCCCAAGCAGGCGGCCAAUAAGCUCUAUCGCCUGCAGACGCCAGCGACGCCGCUCUUCCGGCCCGUGCACUAUGACAACAUACAGCUGGAUGACUUUGCCAUGGGCACCAAUGCGAUUGUGGCUGUAAUUUCGUACACUGGCUACGACAUGGAGGAUGCCAUGAUCAUCAACAAGGCGGCCUAUGAACGUGGCUUUGCCUAUGGCAGCAUCUACAAGUCCAAGUUCGUGGAGCUGUCCAAGAAGCAGAGCUACUUUGCUCGCCAUCCGCACAUGCCGGAGCUGGUCAAGUACCUCGACACCGAUGGACUGCCGCAUCCUGGCACCAAGCUGAGCUAUGGUUCUCCCCUUUAUUGCUACUUUGAUGGCGAGGUCUCCACAUUCAAGGUGGUCAAAAUGGACGAGAAGGAGGACUGCAUUGUGGACAGCAUUCGUCAGCUGGGGAGCUUUGACUUGACUCCCCGCAAGACCGUCUGCAUCACGCUGCGUGUGGCACGUCCUGCGACCAUUGGCGACAAGUUCGCCUCACGUGCCGGUCAGAAAGGCAUCUGCUCGCAGAAGUAUCCCGCCGAGGAUUUGCCCUUCACCGAGAGCGGACUCAUACCGGAUAUUGUCUUCAAUCCCCAUGGUUUCCCCUCGCGUAUGACAAUUGCUAUGAUGAUCGAGACAAUGGCGGGCAAGAGCGCAGCACUCCAUGGUGGCGUCUACGAUGCGACGCCGUUCCGUUUCUCCGAGGACAACACAGCCAUCGAUUACUUUGGAAAAAUGCUCGAGGCAGGUGGCUACAACUAUUAUGGCACAGAACGUCUUUACUCUGGCGUGGAUGGACGUGAAAUGACGGCGGAUAUAUUCUUUGGCGUUGUCCAUUAUCAGCGACUGCGUCACAUGGUGUUCGACAAGUGGCAAGUGCGCUCCACGGGCGCUGUUGAGGCACGCACCAAUCAACCCAUCAAGGGAAGAAAGCGCGGAGGUGGCGUACGUUUUGGUGAAAUGGAACGCGAUGCCCUGAUAUCGCAUGGCGCCGCCUUUUUGCUGCAGGAUCGUCUCUUCCACAACUCGGACAAGACGCACACGCUGGUGUGCCACAAGUGCGGCAGCAUCUUGGCGCCUGUCCAGCAGAUUGUCAAGCGCAAUGAGACAGGAGGUCUGUCGUCCAAGCCAGAGACUUGUCGACUCUGUGGCGACAGCAGCGGCGUGUCCAUGAUCGAAAUCCCAUUUUCCUUCAAGUUUCUGGUCACGGAGCUGAGCUCGGUCAACAUUAAUGCCAGAUUCAAGCUGAAUGAGAUCUAGGUACGCGGCUUUAGUUAUCCAUUUGUUGAUAUCCUUACUAUAAUAUCCAUUAUACAAUUAUUUUUAAUAAAGUUAACUCUUCUGAUUUCAAUUUU